AAGCGGGGCGCAAAGGAGCCGCAAUGAUUCCGGCUUUGACGGGGAGCUCUCGGGCUUGACGCGGCCGCGCUGGAAUUGGGCGCAAGCGCGCGGCGAAUCGGGGGGAGUUUCCACGGCGAUACGCGUCACACGCGCGUCAUCGUACGCUCCGCGUUAGUCGUGGUCGUCGGUUCGCGGUCGAAAAUGCAGUCUCGCGCAUGGCCAGUCAAGAGGAUCGGGAGCGGAGCGCUGCUUGGCGCCGCGGCCGCCGGACUCUCCACAGAUCCUGCUCGGACGGUAUGAGGCGAGCAGCCUGGCUGGUGCUCCUGUUCCUCGGCUGCGUCGUCUGGCUGCUCUACGUUAUCGCCACCGUUGACGAUCGGACGCGGGCCUUGGCGCUCGUCAGGCAGCGCGUCGGCGGGGACCUCGAGCCGAGCGCGGAGGACGCGGAGUGGUCUAGGCGGCGCGCCACGCUGGCCAAGUCGAUCAGUCCGCUCGCCAAUUGGCUGCUGUCCCGCGAGGGUAGCGCGCCCCCGGCGAAGACGACCAAUCGCUCCGAGCCCUUCGUCAUCCUCGUCUGGCAGCACGGACCGUUCCUCGAGCGACGGCACUUGAGGCGAUUCUCUCGAGACAACACGUUCUCGCCGUGGGAAGGCUGCUCGGUCCAGAACUGCCGGCUGACCUACGCUGCUUCGCGGCUGCACAGCGCCGACGCGGUCAUCUUCCACCUGCACCGAACGGCCAACGCGCGCUCGCUGCCUCGGCGCGAGAAUCCGGAUCAGCGCUGGAUAUUCCUCAGCGACGAGUCUCCUCCCAACACGUUUCUGCUGCGCAACCAGAGCCUCGAGGAUUACGACGGGCUGUUCAACUGGUCCAUGACCUAUCGCAUCGACAGCGACGUCCCCGUGCCGUACGGCAGGACGGUGCUGCGAGACAAGGUCGACGACAAAUUUAACGCUCGGGACAUCGUCGCCGAGAAGACGAGACUGGUCGCUGUGCUCGGGAGCAACUGCGCGGGCCAGAACGGACGCUGGGAGUACGUCGCCAAGCUGAAGAGCAUACUCGGCGAGGACUUGGCGAUUCUGGGGCACUGCCAGAACGGCGACAGCAGCGCGUGUCCGGGCCACUUCGAGGCGGACUGCGCGGCCCUGUCGAGGUUCAAGUUCUACCUGGCGUUCGAGAACUCCAACUGCCGCGAGUACCUGACGGAGAAGGUGUUCUGGAACGCCUACGGCAAGCGCGCGGUGCCGGUGAUCAUGGGCGCGCGCAGGUCCGACUGCGAACUGCUGCUGCCGCCGCGCUCCUACCUGCACGUGGACGACUUCGCGGACGCGGCCUCGCUGGCCUCGCGCCUACGCUACCUGGGCGGCGGCGGCGCCGCCGCCGAGUACGCGCGGCUGCACGCCUGGCGCGCCAGGUACCGGGUGCUCGACGAGCACGGCUACUUCGGCAGCGCCUCGCGCCACUACUGCCGCGUCUGCGAGGCGCUCAACUACGCCGAGCGGCCCCGCGCCCGCAAGGUCUACCGGAGGCUCGCCGAUUUCUGGAGCACCCGCGCGCACUGCCGACACUGAGCCCCGCCCCCCCUCCCGCUGGCCCCUGACGCAUGCGCCUCGCGCUUGCGAGCUUGCGCGUACGCACGCACACACGGCUGCGCGCGCGUGGGAUAGUUGUCGCGCGUCAGCUGUGCAGUGGGGAUGCUUACGCUGACA